UCACCGUUGAUCGAUAAUGCUAAGCGCGACGGCCCUCCUCCUCUUCUUGCUCCUCCUCGUCUCUGUGAUUGCUCUUCUUGUAUCAUCAAAUCAUGGCAACCACAAUACUGGAACGAAAUCAAAGAAGAAGCGCCCUCCUGGCCCAUGGCGACUCCCGUUCAUCGGAAGCAUCCACCACCUGCUCACCUCGCAGCCGCAGGCCACUCUCCGCGACCUGGCCCAGAAGCAUGGCCCUGUGAUGUACCUCCGGCUGGGCCAAGUGGACACCGUGGUGGUCUCGUCGCCGGCGGUUGCGCAGGUGGUGCUCCGUGACAAAGACAUCAACUUCGCGUCGCGGCCGUACCCGUACCUGCUCGCCACGGAGAUCAUCGGCUACGGCGGCCACGGCUUCGCCUUGGCUCCCUACGGGGCCUACUGGAGGGCGCUGCGCAAGCUGUGCAUGCUGGAGCUCCUCAGCGCGCGCAAGGUGAGGCAGCUCGCACCCAUCAGGGACAACGAGACCAUGUCCCUCGUCAGGGAGAUCCGCCACCGUUCCUGUGCUAACUACAUCACUGGGCUGGCGACCUUCGGAGACCGCUUCAGCAGCGAGCACAAGGCGAAAUUCCUGUCAGUGAUGGCGGUCGUGCUGAGCAGCGGCUCCGGUUUCUGCGUCUCCGACCUCUUCCCAUCGAUGCGGUUCCUGGACGUCGCCACCGGGAUGCGACGCCGCCUGCAGGUGGCGCAUGAGCAGCUCGACCAGGUGCUGGACCAAAUCAUCGAGGCGUGCGAGGCGAGGCAGAAGGUCAAGAAUGCUGAGGCGGCGGAAGACGACGAUAUUGUGAGCACCAUGCUUAGAAUCAAAGAUGAGGAGGAGUUCGACUUCCCGUUCAACAUCACACACAUCAAGGCAGUCAUCAUUGAUUUAUUCAUAGGAGGCACCGAGACGACUUCGUCUAUGGCUGAGUGGGUCAUGUCCGAGCUCAUGAGGAACCCGGAAGCCAUGGACAAGGCCCAAGCAGAGGUUCGGCGAGCACUCGACAGCAAGAACCCAGGCGACCAUGAGUCCCUCCUGGGCUGCCUGAGCUACACCGGUAUGGUGAUCAAGGAGACGAUGAGGCUGCACCCAUCACUCCCGCUCCUGCUUCCCCGCCUCUGCCGCGAGGACUGCGACGUCGGCGGGUUCGAGGUGCCCAAAGGAACCAGAGUGAUCGUCAACUCGUGGGCGAUGGCUAGAAGCCCAGAGCUCUGGGACGAAGCCGAGGAGUUCAGGCCCGACAGGUUCGUGGCAAGCACGACGGAUUACAAGGGGACGCAGUUUGAGUACUUGCCGUUCGGCAGCGGGAGGAGGAUGUGUCCUGGCAUGGGCUUCGGACUGGUCACGCUCGAGCUCAUCGUGGUGCGCCUCCUCUACUACUUCGACUGGAGCCUUCCAGCUGGGAUCCGCGCCGAGGAGCUGGACAUGGACACCACGGUUGGAGCGACAGCAAGGAGAACAAGACAGUUGCACCUUGUGGCGAUGCCUAACGAGGAAGCCAUGGAAAUUUGAAGAUUGGAGUCCAAACUGCAUUUCGUUCUUGGCAUUGUGCCCCUGUCAAAUAAGAUUAAAACAGUCUUACUUACGAUAAAAGCUUCCGAUCGAGCUUAGUAACGAUGUUGGAUUCAACUUCUCACUUG